CAUCAAGCAUGUAGACAACAGGAACCUCCUUCCAGGCGUUGUAGAGUAACACCCCGUAGCCAUCGUUGAACACCAUUAGGGUUUUCUUUUCUCCCAAACGGUCCCCCGAGCUUACAAUUAAAGUUACCAGCUUUCCCAUUCUCCCAGUGCUUGUGGGUUCCCCCCGCUCACUGGCGGGUCCCCUUGACUUACGGCACCGCCGGUUGUCACCAACGCUGGUACCGCGUCAUGCGCACCAAAAGCAAAAGAAGUCGGUCCCUCGGAACGCUGGUGGGGAUUGUUCUGCUCGUGGGUACGCAUUUGCUGAUGGGGAUUGCGUGGAACAACACCGCCGGGACGACGCAUCCAAUCGCAUCUCCGGUCCGCCCGGACCACUGGAUUCCAUCCUUUUCGGACGCGGGUCCGAGUCCAGUCGCCGUGAGGCCUGCUCGGACGACUCCGGAACGUCCUUCGUGGCGGCAACGGGGUUUGUGGGAUGUGGACGUGACGCCGGGGGGACGGACGCAGCGCUUCCCAUCCGUUGCCGAACGCGUCGUCGCGUAUCUUUCCAGUUGGUACGAUCCACCCAGCUGCCCCGACGAUUACGCACGCAUUCAGCACACCGGGAACGGUACUUGGACUGUUCAUCCACCCGUGACUUUCACAUCCACGCCACAAGAAUCCUUGGCUGCCGAUGUCUUUUUACAAUCCCACGUGGUCCGGACCCACCCGGUAGAUCACGUGCUCUUUGCUUUGGCAACUCAACCGCUCCAAAUUUGUAUUAACCACUCGACGAUUGUCAGUAUGCGUGACAAUUACUGUCCCGAACUUGUGCAAGAAAUUCUACCUCAGUACGAAGCGUUCCAACGCAACACCUCCGUAUCAUCGUCGACGCAUCGGCCGGAAACGGACCUGACGAUACCCUUACUGGUGGUAAUGGGUGACACCGCCGGACGACAGAAAAUUUCCACUUCAAACAAUACCUUGGUCGCUGCGUACGCCACGAUACCUUACCUGCGCCGAGUACGGCCAGUGUGGAAUGCAGCCAGUGUCGGUGGGGAAACAUCGUCCCGUACAACUCCCCAAGGCAAUCGGCCACGGCCAAUCAUCCCCAACACAUCCUGUGCCUCUCUAGCGUCUCGGCCGCUCGUAGACGGUCAUUUGCAACCCAUUCUGUGGAAGUUUGGAUCCCGACGUCACUACAACCACAUUGAACGAAAGGUGGAGGCCCACGAUAUCCCGUGGGCGCAGAAACUUGACCGCGCUGUGUUUCGCGGAUCGCUGACGGGUCGGAUGCCGAUGGACCGUCCGGAACGCGAGCGCUGUAGGAGUAUGCCGCGUUGCAAUCUCGUCUGGCAACACGCCAAUUCCACCCUGGUGGACGCCAAACUAUCGAAACUGGACGGUCGACCCCUUCCAAAUAUGUUGGAUGGUGUACUCUUGACCGGUGCCGCCUUGUCCCAACAGGAGCUGUUACAAUUCAAGGCCCUCAUAAUGCUUGAAGGUAAUGACGUCUCGACCGGUCUCAAAUGGGCACUCUUGUCCAACUCUUUGGUGCUGAUGCCGCCCCCGACUGUCACCUCCUGGGCCAUGGAAGAGUGGUUGCAACCCUAUGUGCACUACGUUCCUUUGCUCCCGGACCUGUCAAACGCGGAAGCCCAAAUGCGGUGGAUUCUCGCACACGACCGGGACGCACAGCAAAUCGCCCUGCGCGGCAAACUGUGGAUGCAAGAUUUGUUGUUCCACCCCCAGGCUACUGAAGAUAAUGCGGCCAUCAACCAGGAAAUCAUGCGACGCUACCGGGGAUUGUUUCAAGUCGUGCCGUCCGAAGGCUAACCAACCGCAAGUGGAGGAACGCACACGUCUAAACGUGGAUGGUGGACGCCUGAUUAUUCACCUGGAACCGAGCCAACGCCAGUGAUUCGUAUUGGUUUGUCGCCCUCCCGGCGAACGCAAUACGCCCAAUUAUGCACAAAUACUACCGGGCGGUGACG